UGUAAGACAAACUCUCUUCCGAGUUGCACCAGGUUUGGGUGAUUAUUCUACUGGAUUCUGGGCUCCUUUUCCAAAUACCAAGGACUCGAUACAGACGGACACAUCAGCAACCAGAAACACAAAAGCUAACCGCCCAGAUUAGCAGCCAUGGCUGCUCGGCAGAGGGGCGGGGGCUCCAGGGGAUUUCUCCUGCUCUCCAUUCUCCUGGGGACCCAGAGGGAAGCCCAGGCCGGGCACAUUCACUACUCGGUGCUGGAGGAGACAGACAAAGGCACCUUCGUGGGCAGCAUCGCCAAGGACUUGGGACUGGAGCCCCGCGAGCUGGCGGAGCACGGAGUCCGCAUCGUCUCCAGAGGUAGGACGCAGCUCUUUGCUCUCAACCCCCGCAGCGGCAGCCUGGUCACCGCGGGCAGGAUAGACCGGGAGGAGCUUUGCGCCCAGAGUGCUCAGUGUUUAGUGAAUUUUAACAUCCUAAUGGGAGAUCAAAUGAACCUUUAUCCGGUGGAAGUGGAAAUAAUGGAUGUGAAUGACAAUGCCCCUAAAUUCUUGAUGGAAGAAAUGAAUGUUAAAAUAGUGGAGAAUACAGCUCCUGGGGUGAGAUUUCCUUUAAAUGAAGCUAGGGAUCCGGAUAUGGGCAUGAAUUCCCUUCAGAACUACCAGCUCAGCCCCAAUCGCCACUUCUCCCUGGCAGUGCACUCUGGAGAAGAUGGAACUAAAUAUCCAGAAUUAGUGCUGGAACAGGCGCUGGACCGGGAGGAAGAAGCGAUUCACCACCUCCUCCUCACAGCCUCCGAUGGCGGUGACCCACCCCGAUCAGGCACUGCCCGCAUUCAAGUAACAGUGGUGGAUGUGAAUGAUCACGCACCUGUCUUCUCUUUGCCCCAAUACCAAGUAACAGUCCCUGAAAAUGUGCCAGUGGGCACAAGACUGCUCACAGUAAAGGCGAUCGACCCCGAUGAGGGCAUCAAUGCUGAAGUGACUUAUUCUUUUCAGAAAAUAACUCAAAAAAUUCUGCAGCUAUUCCAACUGGAUCCCCACACAGGAGAUUUAUCCAUUUUAGAAGGUCUGGAUUAUGAAGACUCUGGCUACUAUGAAAUGGAAGUUCAGGCUCAGGAUGGUCCAGGGAGUCUGACAAGGGCUAAAGUCCUGAUCACAGUUUUAGAUGUGAAUGAUAAUGCCCCAGAAGUAACUGUUACAUCGGUGAGCAACUCCAUCCCUGAAGACACUCCUCCAGGAACAGUCAUUGCUCUUUUCUACCUUCAAGACAGAGAUUCCGGGAAGAAUGGCGAGGUGACCUGCUCAAUUUCGGAAAAUUUGCCUUUUAAAUUAGAAAGAUCGAUAGACAAUUAUUAUAGGUUGGUGACUGCAAAACACUUAGACCGGGAAAAAAUUUCUGUGUAUAACAUCACAUUGAAGGCCACAGAUAGUGGAACUCCACCCUUGUCCACAGAAACUCACAUCUCCAUGAAGUUGGCAGACACCAAUGACAACCCACCUGCUUUCUCCCACUCCUCAUAUACGGUCCACGUGGAUGAGAACAACCCUCCCGGUGCCUCCAUCGCCCAGGUCAGCGCCUCCGACCCAGACCUGGGCGCCAACGGCCAAGUGUCCUACGCCAUCGUGGCCAGCGACCUGGCGCCCCGCGAGCUGGCGUCCUACGUGUCAGAGCGCGCCUUCGACCACGAGCAGCUGCGCGCCUUCGAGCUGACGCUGCAGGCCCGCGACCAGGGCACGCCCGCGCUCAGCGCCAACGUGAGCCUGCGCGUGCUGGUGGGCGACCGCAACGACAACGCGCCGCGGGUGCUGUACCCCGCGCUGGGGCCCGACGGCGCGGCGCUCUUCGACACGGUGCCGCGCGCCGCGCAGCCCGGAUACCUGGUCACCAAGGUGGUGGCGGUGGACGCAGACUCUGGACACAAUGCCUGGCUGUCGUACCACGUGCUGCAGGCCAGCGAGCCCGGACUCUUCAGCCUGGGGCUGCGCACGGGGGAGGUAGCAGCCCUGGGCGACAGGGACGCUGCUCGUCAGCGCCUGCUGGUGGCGGUGCGCGAAGGGGGUCAGCCUCCCCUGUCUGCCACCGCCACGUUGCACAUGGUCUUUGCGGACAGCUUGCAAGAGGUGCUGCCUGAUCUCAAUGAUGAGCCUAAAGCAUCUGACCUGCAGGCUGAGCUGCGGUUUUAUCUGGCCUUGGCCCUGGCGGUGAUUCUAGCUGUCGUCCUGAGCUUGAGACGCUCCUCCAGCUCUUUGGCCUCGAGUUGCCGUCAUACUGGUGUCUGCUCCAAGUCUAGAACCGGGGUCUUCCCCAAAUAUAAGGAAGGGACGCCUUAUUCCUACAAUAUGUGCCUUUCCCAUACUGGAAAGACAGAGUUUAAUGUUCUAAAAUGUAAUGAGCAGUUGAGUUCAGGACAAGAUAUACUUUGCAAUGAUUUAUCCGGGUUCUUAUUUCCACUUUGUGAUUCCAGUUAG